AUGCCGUCCUCCAAGCAUCAGCCUCGACAACGAAACCGUCACACGUUUCAUCCUCCUCCCUUGUUUUGGGCGAAACUUACGAAGCUGUGGUUAACCAAGAGCGCGUUACGAGAAGCUGACCGACGAUACCACCUCCUGUCCUCAAACCAGAGUAGCUCGUCUCCUCGCCCUCACAUCUUUGCUCCUGAUUUCUUGCGCAACUGCUCGGCUACUUGUUUACAAGAGAUCAGAAAGCUUUCCCGUCGUGGAGGGCCAGACCUCUCGGGCAUCAGAAACUAUCCCGCACCAGCCCACUUCAGCCAGGACUCAAUGGAUCCUACCGACUCCAGCUUGGAGCGGUCAACUCAAAAGACUGGAAAUACGACGGUCUACGAUCCACACUUUGAAAGCCAUCUGUACGACCACGGGAUUUUCAUGCCCAAUUCCACCUAUCCAGACGGGACCAAGCCUUGUACAGCGGAGAACAUCGCCGAGAUCCAAAGACGGUUACGAGCGCCUCGCCCGUCCCUCGCAUUGUCCGAAGAUUCCCUGCAGAGGGAAUUUGGCGAAUUCACCCUCCUGAAUGACAGCACCUCCGACGAGCAGCUUGUGAUCAAGAAAAUCCUCCCGAUCCUCGACGGGCCGCAACAACAAUCGUCGUCCUUCCACGAUGGCGGCAAUCACCCCUUCAAGAACCUGGCGCCGCUCACGGACGGCACCCUCGCCAACGCCAAACCUGAUAUCUACCACGGCGCGCCGCCUCACCAGCUGCAUCCUCGUGUCCGGGAACAGCUCAGUGAUCAGAUCAUCCCCACCCGCCAGGGCAACCGUCCCAUCACGCCCAAUUUCUUCGUCGAGGCAAAGGGCCACUGCGGCUCGCCACCCGUGCUGAAACGUCAGGCCUUGUACGAUAGCGCUCUGGGCGCCCGAGCGAUGCAUGCCCUCCAGCAAUAUGGCAGCAACAGCAGCAACCGGCCACAGGAUGACGACGAUUGCUCCGAUCCUGCGCCUGCUCCUGCUCUUGGCCCUGCCCAGGAUUCCACUCGCGAUAACCACGCCUACACGAUCGCUUCUACCUUCCAAGACGGAACGCUGGGCAUCUACGCGACCCAUCCGACCCGGAACCCGAGCAAUCUCGACCCUGGCGCAGGCCGUCAGACGGAUUAUGUGAUGACCCGGGUCGGGCAUUACUCCUUGAUCGGGAGUCCGGAAUCCUACCAACAGGGUCUGAGGGCGUAUCGCAACAGCCGGGACCUGGCGAAGGAAUAUCGGGACGGGUUUAUCAGGCAGGCGAACGAGCGACAUGAAGCUGUCCGUCAUCCCAGCCAAGCCCUCGAACCGCCACAUGAAAUUGUUCGUCAGGUACAACAAACGUGA